CGAUGCAUGGUUCCUCAUCAGUGAGAAUCAACAGACAAACAGUGCCCAGAUUCCCCUCUGUCUCUGUCUCUCUCUCUCUCUCUCUCUCUCUCAAACCUAAUAGUAAUUUCUUUCUCCUCAUUUUCUUCGCAUUACCCGAAACAGUAAAACACCUCUCUGUAACCCAACCAACUUCUGUUUUUCAUUGAGACCCUCAAAAAGUUGCAUACCACUGUUCAUAAAAUGCAUGAUAUAGUCAUUAAAAAUAAAUUUGUGCUUUUUAAUUAGUUAUAUUUUUAUGCUUCAAAUCAAAUUCUUUUUUUCCCACAUUUCUGUCAGCCCAUUUUCACGGCAUUUCUUCGUUUGUAGAAAAACAGAGCUUUGUAUGACUGUAUCUAUGGUCGAUUGAGCGGCUUGAACCCAGUGUGAAACAGAAACCCCCCCAAAAAGCUAGAAACUUAGGUUUAAAGUCAUUUUUCCAGGUGGGUUUUUUUUUCUUCUUCUUUUUUUUUUUCUCCCUUCAUCAAAAGGAAAGUGGACUCAAGUGGGUUUUUAUAGUGUGCUCCUUUUGUGGUUGUUUUGCAUUUGCUCUCUCUUUGGAUUUCCAAGUUGAGAUUUUGAGGGAAGUGGCUGGCUUUUUAAGGUUUUGAUUCUGGGUCCAGCUAAAUUUUCAUUGCCUUUGGCAGUAUUUCGUUUCUGGCAUUUAGGUUAAUUUCAGAGAAGUGUUGUUAGUUUGUUAAUCCAAGCCAAAUUGCCUGUAUGAUUCUGUCUAAAGAGGGAUUUUAGUUUCCCCAAAGACUUUACCUUUUCUUGUCUGUUUAGGGAAAGUGGAAAUUUUUGUUGGUUACUUUUCAUGAACUUGUAUGCUUGAAUUGGUGUGAAGAAAAAAAUGGGGAUAGUAAACUCAAAAGGGGAGAAGACUGAAGCAUUAAGGCUCUGCAAAGAAAGGAAAAGAUUCAUUAAACAAGCUAUUGAUUCCAGAUAUGCUUUAGCUGCUGCUCAUGUUGCCUAUGUUGAAUCUUUGAAAAACAUUGGCAUUGCUCUUAGGAGGUAUGCCGAGGCUGAAUUCCUCAUUGAAUCUUCUCUGUCUGCUUCAGCCGCUGAACUUGACAAAACCCCAUCACAUUUUUCAUAUCCAUCCCCCUCCCCAUCUCAUGUUGGUGGCGUUUCAGACUCCCCUGUUCUGAAUGGGAGCCCCCUUUCGCCUCCCGCCGCCAGGAUGAGUUACAUGAUGUCUGGUGGAACUAGUGCUGUGACUGUUAGGAUGAGUCCAACUUUGCCUAGGAACAUGUAUCUGAAUGACAGUGAUUUUUCAAGACCAUUACCACCUCCACCCCCACCUCCUGAUGUAGGAUCUCAUUGGGAUUUCUUUGACCCUGGUGAUGAUUCUGAGAGCUUCAGGUUUGUGGGAAGCACCAGUUUCCCUCAGGAUUUAGAAUCUGUGAACAUGAAUGGGAAACAGAGUGAAAGGGUUGAUGAUUUCGAUGCCAUUAAUGCUAGUGAUGAAGUGGUUGUGACGCCGAAAUCAGACUCACGAAACAAUUCAAAAUUGGUUGUGUACAAUGGGAAUCAGCCUACACCUCAAAGAAGUCAGAGUGAUGGCCAGGCAGCAGUUAAAAUUGUGAAUAGCGGCUCUGUUGGAACAUUAACAGGCAAAGCAGGCUUAGAGCCGGGUUCCAGGAUGGAUAAGUCUGCGGUGGACAAGGAUGUGUGUGCUGAAAGAGAGGAUCCUUCAGAGUUUAUAACUCAUAGGGCUAAAGAUUUUCUUUCUAGCAUAAAGGACAUUGAGCACCGGUUCUUCCGAGCGUCUGAAUCAGGAAAGGAAGUUUCCAGGAUGCUUGAGGCAAAUAAAAUCCAUGUCGGGUAUGCGGAUGCUACAGGUAAAUCGCCUAUUGGAAUUUAUUUGGCUUCUCUCAAAUUAGCUUUCUGCAGUGGUAAAAGUUCAAACGUAACUGAUGAUCCUGAACAAACUGCAACGAAGGUUAUUACAUGGAAGCGGACAACAUCAUCAAGGUCCUCCUCUUCGAGGAAUCCUCUAACUUCAGGAUCCAAGGAUGACAAUGAUGAUAGUGGGAGUGAAUUCAUGGAAGAGUUCUGCAUGAUUUCUGGAAGCCAUUCCUCUACCUUGGACAGACUUUAUGCUUGGGAGAGGAAGUUGUAUGACGAAGUGAAGGCUAGUGAAUCGAUUCGGAAGGUUUAUGACAGCAAGUGCAACCAGCUUAGGCACCAAUUUGCCAAGGAUCUUAGUGCCCAAGUAAUUGAUAAAACCAGGGCUGUGGUCAAAGAUCUGCAUUCACGGAUUACGGUUGCGCUUCAUUCUGUUGAUUCAAUUUCGAAGCGGGUUGAGAGAAUGAGGGAUGACGAAUUGUUGCCACAAAUUCUAGAACUUAUUCAGGGACUGAUAAGGAUGUGGAAAGUUAUGCUUGAAUGCCAUCACACACAGUAUAUAACUAUCUCAUUGGCAUACCAUUCGAAAACCUCGGCAGGGACUCCUCAAGGGGACGCACAGAAGCAAAUUAAAUUGCAACUGCAGGAGGAAGUAGAAUGUUUUGGCUUGAGUUUUGCCGAUUGGAUCAACAGUUUCACAUCAUAUGUGGAAGCUCUAAACAGUUGGCUACAGAACUGCAUUUUACAACCACAAGAACGAACCAAGAGCAGGCGAGUGUUCUCUCCUCGUCGAGUUUUGGCACCUCCAAUAUUUGUUCUCUGUCGUGACUUGUGUGCUGGUAUGAAGUCUUUGCCAUCAGAAGAACUCAGUGACGCAAUCAGAAUCCUCUUAUCUGAUCUUCGCAAUUCAAUUGAAAGUCAGCCUGAGGAGCUAGAAAAGAAAGAAGCAACGCCUGAACCUGGCAACAUUGAAGAAUCAGAGAGCAACAACAAUGAUGAGAAGAAUGCCGACAGACCUCCCAAUUUGAACAGCUUACAAACAAGCUUGACCAAGGUUUUCGACAGGCUAACAAAGUUUUCCGAGUCUUCAGUGAAGAUGUAUGAAGAUGUUAAGCAGAAAUGUGACACGGCUCGAAAUGCAUAUUUAAAUUAUAGGCCACCACCAAGAUCAUAUACCAUAUGAAGUGCAUCCGUGUAGGAUCUUGUAUAAUUCCCAGAUUGAUCUCAUAUAUCCUUCUUUAUGUAUCCCUUCCAGUCAUUAACAGAAGCGGGUAGAAUCUACUGUUUAGAUAGCUUAAAUAGAAGAAGCUGUCAUUUACUUUCCAAGCUGAUUGAUAAAUAUUAUUAGUUGGAAGAAAAUUUUGAUCAUUUUGAGGAGCCACAAUGGUACCAAGUAUUGAUAGCCUCUGGUUGUGUCUCAGUAUUUGUGUACUU